UUGCCCCUUUCUCUUGAUAUCUGAUGCAAAAGUCCCUUUUCUUGCCUUCUUUUCCUAGUCUGGCAUGUCACUUCCGUUCUUUGGUAGAUUUGUUGCAGAAAACCAUUGGCGAGCAAGAAAAGAGAGCAAGAAUUAAGUGUCUUUUUGUAUCUGCCGACCUGUAUCUUCCCACUCUCUUGUGAUUCUUUUUUAUAUGAUUGAUGAGUAUAUAUUGCAUCCAAAAAGAUCAUGAAGGGCUUCAAGUUGAAGGAGAGCAAGAUUCUGAGAAAGAUAUUGAGCAGUGAUAACUUCGGUGGAGAAGAUCAGCACCCGCACUCAUCAGAGGCGAAGCUAGAAUCUUCAAGAUUGAAUCAAGCAUCUACAGAGUCAAAUAGAAGCUUCAGUCACCACCAUGACACAAAGAAAAUCUUUGUCGGUUCAUGGAAUGUCGGAGGUAUUGCACCACCCGAGAAUUUGGACAUGGAAGAUUGGCUUGACAUGCAAAAUAGUUCUGCAGAUAUAUAUGUCCUGGGGUUCCAAGAAAUUGUGCCUCUUAAUGCAGCAAAUGUACUAGGUCCUCAAGACAGAAAAGCUGGCAAGAAAUGGAAUUCUCUCAUUGCAGCAGCCCUUAACAAUAGAAGGCCAAGAAAGCUGGUUCAAGACAACAAAACAACAGAACCCCAAAAAAUAUAUCCUAUGAAGGAACCUGUUUGUGCUGAAGAUGAACAUGGAGAAGAUUUUCGGUGCAUCGCAAGCGGACAACUGGUGGGAAUGUUCAUGACUGUGUGGAUUCGAAGUGACCUCUAUCAACAUAUCAGUCACCUGAGCGUCUCUUCAGUUGGCUGCGGAAUCAUGGGCUCUUUGGGAAACAAGGGCUCAAUAUCAAUUAGAUUUUGCUUGCAUGAAACAAGCUUCUGCUUUGUGUGUAGUCAUCUAGCUUCUGGAGGGACAGAAGUAGACCGAAGACAAAGAAACGCCAAUGCAACUGAUAUUAUGUCCCAGACAAGCUUCCCUGCUGGUCUUCAGCAAAAUUUGCCCCAAAAAAUUCUCGAUCACGACCGAGUGAUCUGGCUCGGUGACUUGAAUUACAGGAUCUACCUGCCAGACUCUGCAACACUAUCAUUGGUCAAGAGAAGAGACUGGAACGCCUUGUUGAAAAAUGACCAGCUCAAGAUGGAGCUCACGGAGGGCAAUGUAUUCAAAGGUUGGCAAGAAGGAGCCAUAGAAUUUCCACCCACGUACAAAUACUAUCCAAAUUCAGAAGAUUAUAUUGCGUUUGAUCAUUCCCGUACUCGCGAAAAGAGACGUGCCCCGGCGUGGUGUGAUCGAAUUAUAUGGUUUGGACAUGGAAUGAAGCAAACCAAGUACGACAGAAGCGAGUCAAGACUUUCCGAUCAUAGGCCUGUGCGAGCCAUGUUCACAGCGGACAUUAGGAUCGUAGGAACCAGUAGGUGAUUCAACGACUUUUCAAAGGCAAUUCGUCCAAGAGAUUUGAGUUUCUUUCCAUUGUGCCUUUAUCAAUUGAUGUCUUUAGGUUCUAGAAGGGCAUUCAAGUGAUCACUCAAUUCUCUGCGAGAUGUGAUUAGCUGUCGAAUCAGAAUAAACUUUUUCCCCCGUUGAUUAGAUGGCAUAGAAUCCAAAAACAAAAGUAGGCUCAAUUUCCGGAGCCUGGGAAUGAAAAUAUUUUGUAGGGAGGUUUCUGUUUCUGCAUCCUUUUGACAACGGAAACUACAUGUGAUUAAUGGAAAUUGGGUUCGUUGAAAUUUCACACUGGUUUGUGGAUUAUGACAUAUUUCUUUAUUAGCAUCAAACAAU